CCUUUAUAACCUAGCCUAUAAUUUGCAACCUAGCAACGAACUCAAUCUAUUCAGGUUAAAUAAAUAAACAAGAAACCUAAAUAAAGAACCACGCUCUAUGAAACACUAUCAGUGUAGCUAUGCUACUAUAAACUUAAUUUAAACGGAUAUGGAGUUUAUCGGUCAGCUGCCGCCUUUUUCCUCCGCACUAUCGGCCAAACACAUCUGCCCGAAAUACAUGGGCGGAGGCCUAUAAGGCCCUAUUUAAACCUAUGUCCAGUUGUAAAGCCACAAGACACGAUGGUUCAGUGGACAGCUGAGGAACGCGCUGCGAUACAGGCGGUAUUCGCCAAACUCGACUACAAGUCGGUGGGCCUCGAGAGCUUGACUAGACUCUUGGUGGUCUACCCUUGGACUCGGCGGUACUUUGGUGGGUUUGGAAACCUGUUUAACUCCGAGGCAAUCAUGGCUAACCCAAAGGUCGCAGCGCACGGGACUGUAGUGCUCCAAGGUCUGGAGAUGGCUCUUAAAAACAUGGAUGAUAUCAAGAACACCUACGCUUCCCUUAGCGAGCUUCACUCGGAGAAACUGCAAGUCGACCCAGGCAAUUUCCAGCUCUUUGGUGACUGCCUGACCGUGGUGAUCGCUACACGCAUGAGGACUGAGUUCACCCCAGACAUCCAAGCUGCGUGGCAGAAGUUCCUGGCUGUUGCUGUGUCAGCCCUAAGAAAGCAGUAUAAUUGAUUCAUCGACUGAACGAGGAAAUUAUGUAGCCUACUGAGAUUGUGUAAUGCACAGCAAAAAUAAAUAAAUAAUAAUUU